UAAAGUUUUCCUUUUAGCUUUUCUGUUCCUGCUUCCUCUGUUUUAUUGGGAUUGCGAUUUGCUGUUUAAUUUAUUAUUAAAAUUAUUAUUUUUUUCAAAUGAUAAGUUCUAAACAUUACGAAAUUCAAUCGGAGUUUUUUCGGACUUGCAAUCGAAUCUGCGGUGAAUCUGAAGUGCUGGUGGUGUUUUUCGUCGCUUUCCUUGUUUGCAUGCAAUGAAUGAAUCAAGAGCUCCGACUACUAGAUAUUUUGGUCUAUGGAGGAGAAUGGUCAUAGAAGAGCUAGACAGAGGGACCAGGUCAUUUUUCAAAACGGCCAUGUAAGUACAUCGACUAUGGACGAUGAGCUUGAUCCAUGGACUGCCUGGGCAUACAAGCCGCGCACCAUUACUUUAUUAUUGAUUGGUGCUUGCUUUCUUGUAUGGGCAAGUGGAGCUCUUGAUCCAGAACGCAGUCCAGAAAGUGAUGUUACCUCUGUGAAAAGGGGUGUAUGGGCAAUGAUUGCCGUAUUUCUUGCUUAUAGUCUGUUACAAGCUCCUUCUACACUUCUUAUCCGGCCACAUCCGGCAAUAUGGCGCCUGGUCCAUGGAAUGGCUGUUAUUUACCUUGUUGCAUUAACAUUUUUGCUUUUCCAGAAAAGGGAUGAUGCUCGACAGUUUAUGAAACUUCUACAUCCUGAUCUUGGUAUUGAACUUCCAGAAAGAUCAUAUGGCUCUGAUUGUAGAAUUUACAUUGAAGAAAAUCCAACAAGCAGGUUUAAGAAUGUUUAUGAUACCCUUUUUGAUGAGUUUGUUCUGGCUCACAUACUGGGAUGGUGGGGUAAGGCAAUAAUGAUCCGAAACCAGCCUCUUCUGUGGGUACUUUCAAUUGGAUUUGAGUUAAUGGAGCUCACCUUCCGCCACAUGUUGCCUAAUUUCAAUGAAUGCUGGUGGGACAGCAUUAUUCUCGAUAUAUUAAUCUGCAAUUGGUUUGGAAUUUGGGCUGGAAUGCGUACUGUUCGGUAUUUUGAUGGCAAAACUUAUGAGUGGGUUGGCAUAAGCAGGCAGCCAAAUAUCAUGGGCAAAGUUAAACGAACACUGGGACAAUUUACGCCUGCUAGAUGGGAUAAAGAUGAAUGGCACCCUUUUCUUGGUCCAUUUCGAUUUGUUCAAGUUCUCAGCCUGUGCAUUAUUUUACUGACAGUAGAGCUAAAUACAUUUUUUCUGAAGUUCUGCCUCUGGAUUCCUCCUCGAAACCCCCUGAUUACUUACAGGCUGGUUCUGUGGUGGCUAAUUGCAAUACCAACUAUCCGCGAGUACAAUUCUUACCUACAAGACAGAAAACCCAUGAAAAAGGUGGGAUCUUUUUGCUGGCUCUCGCUUGCUAUCUGCAUUGUGGAACUCCUUAUUUGUGUCAAGUUUGGACACGGAUUGUUUCCUAAUCCCAUGCCCAAAUGGCUGGUUAUAUUCUGGAGUGGUGUUGGGGUUGGACUUGUGACAUUCUUGGGUGCAUGGUCGUCAUGGCAACUCCACAGGUCAAUUAGAAGAAAGCAGGAAUAAGUCGAAGAAUUAUAUUUAUUUUUCCAUUGUCAUUAGAAAUAUUAAGCUUUUGUUCAUUUUCUUGGUAAUUAUCACUUGUUGUAAAUAGUAAACACUCUUUGUUUUGCAGUUUAGAUAACCUCUGUCUUACAUGGGAAACGAUUAUGUGCUUUUUUAGAUCCUAAAAUGCAGUAAAGAUCAGUUUAUAUAGCUAGAAUAACCAUUUUUGCUUAUACAGAUGGAGACUAUGUAUUUAUCAUUCUUUUUUGUGCUUUAUAGUGUAUGUAAUGACAUAGCUAUGAUAUAUAUUCAGUGAGGAUAUUUUACAAUAAUCGUACGCUUGCAUCGAACACUGCACUAAUAUCUUUUCUGCAAGUCCUGUAAUAUAUUGUAUGUAUAAUUAUAUAUAUAUAUGCACACACAUUGCUCAUACACCCUUCACAUUUAUUUGUGUACAUAUACAGUCUGCUUUUCCCACUUCUUCAGUUGUUUUUGCAGCCUAAUAAAUCUGUUCCUUAGCGCCGACUCAGGACCUUGAAGCAUGGAAAAGUUAGUUGCUGACUUCGCCAUUUUACGGGGGAACUGAAAAUGGUUGGUAAAUGUGCUUUCUCUUCCAUGUUGUCUUUCCCCUCACCAUUUCUUCAUUUUUUGUUUCCCCUUUUAACUGAAGAAGGUGAAUGUAGCUGCGAGGUAACUGAUUUACUAAUCCCAGAAGCCCAUUUCCCUCGAGAAUUCCUGUAUGCGAUAAUGAGCUGUGUCCGUUCACAUUAGUGCUGUUACAUUGCUGAAUUCCAGGUUUUAUCAGGCCACUUUCUUGAGGCUCGCUUAGCGACUGCACCACGUCCGAGCUCCCGCAUUCUCUCCGGUACUCUAGUAUUAUUUCCGACAGCUGAUGACUCUCCAAGAACUCGUCAGGAAUGGUCUGAAAACGGUUCAUUCGGAAACUGUCAAGGGCUGUCUUCUUCUAUUGCCUGUUUUGCAAUGAACCAUGGCGAUAUCUCGGCCCUCACUUCAUCCGGCAUUUUGGAAAGACGCCGUGUCUGCCUGUUCAUCAUCACCCAGGCAAGUCGUACAUAUACACACAAGAGAAAGAGAGAGAAUGGAAGAGGGAGGUACCGUAUGCGGAGACUACUUCCUUUAAUAGCAUGAGAGUGGUAUCAACAACUUGCUUGGAAUUUUU